AUGGUGUCACCUGACAAUUCUGGAGGAUCACGUAGUUCUGGGGGAGCUGGAAAGAUAUUGAGAAGAUUCCUUGGGCGCAACAUUAGCGCUAGUGCGAGAAAUAGGGGCCCAAAUGAUAGAGAUGAGCCACAACCACAACCACAGCCACAGGUGACACCGAUGAGAUUUAGGGCAGACGGUUUCCCUCAGUUUGAUUUUCAGUUGCCUAGUAUGGCUGGUAGUGGAGCUGGUCCCAGUAUUGAUCAUCAUACUUCACCGUUUGAGCCUUCAGACGAGAUUGACGACGAGUCGGAGGAGUAUGAGUCGGAUGCUGUUGAGUAUCGGAUUCCACGAGUCAGUCCGAUCAGAGACAGAGGUGCCCCCAGCGGAUCGUCACAUGUCGUUACUGGGGUUCAUGCUGUUACUGGGAUCUAUAGAGACCAUGCGGGGCGUUUCUAUAGAGCUCCAAAGCCUGGUGAGGGCCAGAGUGGUACUGCUGACGUGGGAGAGGCCUAG